CUUCCCUCUGGAGACACAGUGGAGGGAGAUUCAGUGACUCUGAGCUGUAGCAGUGAUGCAAACCCUCCUGUUCUCACCUACUCCUGGUUUAAGCAGAGUGCAGCUGCAGACACACUGCUGACAACAGGCCAGAAUUACAGCAUCAGCAACAUCAGCUCCCAGGACAGUGGACUGUACUACUGCACUGCUCACCACCAGCUGGGAAACCACACCUCUACACCAACACUCCUGGAUGUGUUAGCUGAGGUGUGGAAGCUGCAUGCUGUAUGGGGAGCUGCUGCUCCACUCGUUCCUGCUCUGCUUCUCUCUCUUAUUAUCGCUGUCCUGUAUGUUAAGAAGAAGAAAAGAGCAGAGAGAGACACUCAGUGUGUUCCAACGCCUGGAGAUGAUACAUACACAGCACUGAACCUCAUGACUGUGUCCCCGGAAUAUGACACACUGCAAAAUGUGGCUUCAGUAAAGAGAAGAACUCCAGAACUGGAGAAUGAUCACUAACAGCUGAGUUUGGUGACUUUACAUUCAGCAUCAUGACCAGCACAGGAAGGAUGCUCAGGCUGAGAGUUUUAGGAUUAGACUUAAACAGUAUUAACUCAUUUCUGUCUUUAGUAAUUGUCAUUUAUUUAUGUUAUUCAGGCUCCUUUUGUUUAUCUGUUUUCUUUUGUACAUUUAAUAAUUUUAUACACACACAUACAUAUAUAACAUGUGUAUUGGCCUGAAGAAAUCCUGAAUAUUUUCUACUAUAUCCUGCUUUCUCUCAUCGUCUCUCUUCUUUCACUUGAUCUGUUAAAGCACCGAAUACCGACCUCCAUCAAGAUCGAUUAUAAUAUGUCGGAUCUGUUACUGUAAAAUCUUUAAAAUGUUAAUGUUUACAAGAAUAA